GUUGUUCGUGGUUUCUUGAGUCGUGGUCGUGGAUGAUGGAAAUAUUGGGUGGCUACGGCAAAACGUCGGGAAGGCGGCGCAUCGGUCGAAAUUAUAUUACACGGCUGCAAGGCUGAGGAUCUGUACAUUUGCAACUGCACCACUUCCAACAAUGCGAACAGACACCGGAAACUGCGCUUAAUCUACGAAUUUCAAUCGCCUAUACUUACUAAUGACGGGCUCUCUGCCUAUGAGAUGCCUGCGGUCGGGAUCAAGAAGCGUCUUUGGGCGAUAUGUGGCGCAGAGCGAAGCUACGAGCAAUGCGGCAACCUUGGGAGUAAGAGGACUCCGAACAAGACGCCGAGUUGGGAAAACAACAACAAAUGCAGAGGAAGUGGUUGCGGAUAGCCCGAAGACACCACCCGAUGUAGGACCUGAGGUUAUAUCUUGGGACGAGAUAGCCGCGAAGAUUGAAGCCUUAGCAACCCAACGACUUCCGAAUUCACAGUCCAAAAAGACUAAACCUCCCAAGCCAGCAGGCAAUAAACAGAAGCCAUCAGUGUCAUCUCCAGCAGAGAAAUCUUCCCCGAAACAGGCAGCAACAUCACAACCGCAACAGGCGGGCCCUCCACCCAAGUCCCGCGACUACCUCAAGUUACCAUCCAACUCUCUCUCCGAACACUGGGACACCCUUCCUCCCUCACAAGAGCAGCUUGUCCAUGCCGAGAAAUUCUUCCGCCAGAGGCCCCCGCGGCCAUUCGUCUGGUCAGCCCCGAAAUUCCACUCCAUGGCUUUCGGUUCCUCUCCCGAAGUCUGUUUCCUGGGUCGCUCCAACGUCGGGAAAUCAUCUUUACUGAAUUCGCUUUUUGGCGGCAACAUCGCAAACGUGAGUUCGAAGCCUGGGCGCACAAAGAUGAUGAACGCAUUCAAUGUGGGCGAUAACACGGAUCCAUUGAAGAACCUGGUAGUGCUUGACAUGCCAGGGUAUGGAAAGGGGGGACACGCCGACUGGGGGAAGGAGGUGCUGAAGUAUCUAGGCAAGCGGAAGGAGUUAAAGCGCGCGUUUAUGCUUGUCGAUGCCGAAGUGGGACUAAAGAAAACGGACGAGCAGCUCCUGGCUAUCUUUAGAAAGGAGGAGAUUCCUCACCAGAUCGUGCUCAGCAAAGUCGACAAGCUACUAUUCCCGAAGAACCGGAAACCCAGUGAGGGGGCACUAGAGAGCAGAAUGCAGGUUCUAAAACGGGUGAUGGAGACGACCAGACGCACCACCCAGCCAAAUCCAGAGGAUAUGAGUGGUGCGCUGGGCGAAAUCAUUGGAUGCUGUUCAGAGAGGCCGUUUGGCCAAGUUCUGGGUAUCAAUGAGGUUAGACAUGCCAUGCUGCAGGCAGCUGGCUUGGAGAAGAAGAUGGAUAGGAAGCUGAUUGCCGAGACCGAAAUUGUGUCCCACGACGAUAUCUUUGGAAAAGAUCCUUGAGAGAUGCAGCGGGAUACCUGCUGGUAGUGGACUGAAGGGGACAAUGAGGUUGAUGGGACACGCUGCAAGUAGUGAGCCCUCCCAGACCACCGAUUGUUCCACGGCUGCUUAUUCACCUCUCCGAGAGCAACGGGGCAUCUAAAGGAUGGUGCUACAAGCCGAACAUAUAUGGCGAGGGCAGAAUUAUCGAUAUAUGAGAGCAGCAAAUACAUAGUCGGAAGGCUGGACUGAGCGAAUAUAUGCCAGAUAGCCCUGGUGUGUCUGUCAAGAGGGGAGCACGGCUGAUGGAUGGGAUGUAUAAAUAUGUAACGAUAGGAUAUAUAAGUAAAGGUGCAGCAGUGUAAGAAUAGCUACAAGCGUAAUUUAUACUUAACAAGAUAC